UUCAUUUGGGGAAACCAUAAUAGUUGUAGGUGUGGCUUUUUCAUACUGAUCUUUGCAGCUGAAUUUACUGUGUUCUGUGCAGAAUGGCUGUUGAUGGUGGGUGUGGGGACACUGGAGACUGGGAAGGUCGCUGGAACCAUGUAAAGAAGUUCCUCGAGCGAUCUGGACCCUUCACACACCCUGAUUUCGAACCAAGCACUGAAUCUCUCCAGUUUUUGUUAGAUACAUGUAAAGUUCUAGUCAUUGGAGCUGGCGGCUUAGGAUGUGAGCUCCUGAAAAACCUGGCAUUGUCUGGUUUUAGACAGAUUCAUGUCAUAGACAUGGACACUAUAGAUGUUUCCAAUCUAAAUAGGCAGUUUUUAUUUAGGCCUAAAGAUGUUGGAAGACCUAAGGCUGAAGUCGCUGCAGAAUUUCUGAAUGAUAGAAUUCCUAAUUGUAAUGUUGUUCCACAUUUCAACAAGAUUCAAGACUUUAAUGACAUAUUCUAUCGACAAUUCCAUAUUAUUGUUUGUGGACUGGACUCUAUUAUAGCCAGAAGAUGGAUAAAUGGAAUGCUGAUAUCUCUUCUCAAUUAUGAAGAUGGUGUGUUAGAUCCAAGCUCCAUUGUCCCUAUGAUAGAUGGGGGUACAGAAGGUUUUAAAGGAAAUGCUCGGGUGAUUCUCCCUGGAAUGACUGCUUGCAUUGAAUGUACACUGGAACUUUAUCCACCACAGGUUAAUUUUCCCAUGUGCACCAUUGCAUCCAUGCCCAGGCUACCAGAGCAUUGUAUUGAGUAUGUAAGGAUGUUGCAGUGGCCUAAAGAACAGCCUUUUGGAGAAGGGGUUCCACUAGAUGGAGAUGAUCCGGAACAUAUUCAGUGGAUAUUUAAAAAAUCUGUAGAGAGAGCAUCACAAUAUAAUAUUAGAGGUGUUACAUAUAGACUCACUCAAGGGGUAGUAAAACGAAUCAUUCCGGCAGUAGCUUCCACAAAUGCAGUCAUUGCAGCUGUGUGUGCCACAGAGGUUUUUAAAAUAGCCACAAGUGCAUACAUUCCCCUUAAUAAUUACUUGGUAUUCAAUGAUGUGGAUGGGCUAUACACUUACACAUUUGAAGCAGAGAGAAAGGAGAGCUGCCCAGCUUGUAGCCAGCUUCCUCAAAACAUUCAGUUUUCUCCGUCAGCUCGAUUACAGGAGGUUUUGGAUUAUCUGACCAGUAGUGCUUCUCUGCAAAUGAAAUCUCCAGCUAUCACAGCUACAUUAGAAGGGAAAAAUAGGACACUUUACUUACAGUCAGUAACCUCUAUUGAAGAACGAACGAGGCCAAACCUUUCCAAAACUUUGAAAGAAUUAGGACUUGUUGAUGGACAAGAACUGGCAGUUGCCGAUGUCACCACACCACAGACUGUACUAUUCAAACUUCAUUUUACUUCUUAAAGAAAAUAAUCUGUAUAUAAUAGACAACUUAUGGAAAUAAUAUACUUCAUGGAUGCUAAGAAAUUGAAUUUGUCAUUUUUAGCAUUAGUGUUGCUGAAAUUUGACUUUUUUUUAAUAUAAUGAACUACUCUUUUUUUUUUUUUGAACUACUCUUUUUUAACUUUAUAACUUUCCCUUAAGAUGAAAUUUUGGGGUUGGUGCUUAUAAACGUGUCCGUUAGUGAUAUAUGAUGCCUGGAGAGAGAGAUUCUGAGUAAAUGUAAAGCUUGUAGAGGAGGAGGCAAACACUCUUCUAUGUGAAUUUUGUUAUUUUGGGUACUCACAUACACAAAAGGUGUCCCUUUAAAGGAAAGAAGGAAUUAAGUUUUAAGUAACUUUAAAUAUUACAACUUGACAUCCAGAGUAAAUUGAACAUAGGUUAUUACUCAAUGUAAUAUUCAUGUAAUUGUGGCUGUUUAAAUCAAUAUUAUAACAGUUUAUCUUGUCCAUAAUAAUUUGUAAGCAGUGUUAGAGUUGAAUACUUGUGCAUGGAAAUAGGGAGUAUUUUCAUGUAUGUAUUUGCAGUGCCAUAGAGGCCAUUAUGCACAAAUUUAAGCCAACAUGGCUGUUUAAAAAAAUUUUAAUGUUUAAACAGUUAUCAUUGUUGCUUUUGCACUAUUUAUUAAUAAAAUCAUAUGUUGCCUACUUUCACUGAUAUUU